GAUGCGGGCGACGACUGCAGCAUCUGCUCCUCAUCUCUCUCUCUCCGUGCCGCAGUGACUUCUUUUGCUUCUUCUUCCAACUGGAAUUGUAAUUCCACGGACGCGCUUCCUCCACGUCCGCCAUUGUAGUCUUCCUCGCCCCCCUUACCCCCCCAAAAAAGGUGAUGCCGGCGCGCCUGCGUGUGAGAACCUCACCUUGACGGCACAGUGACCGGGCUGGGGGUCUGCAGGGAGGCGGCAGACGCGUGGAAAUCAUCUUUUUUGGAGGAGCCUCCUCAUUAUGCGGGGUGCCACCCUGGUCCCGCCUUCUUCGCAGUAAGCUUCCUCCAAAGUGCCCACGGCCCCCAGAAGAAAGUUCCCCGUUGCCGCGCACGACAAGAUGGACCCCCGCAGGGUCCAGUGGGGCGCGGCGUGGAGCAGCUUCAGGUCCCGCGUCCUGAGGACCAAGCCCGUGGAGUCCAUGCUGGAUUCUGCCACGGCGGGCACGGGCCCUCACGGCACCCGGCUGGCCCGCGUGCUGUCCACCAUGGACCUGGUGUCGCUGGGCGUGGGCAGCUGCGUGGGCACGGGCAUGUACGUGGUGUCGGGGCUGGUGGCCAAGGAGAUGGCGGGGCCCGGCGUCAUCGUCUCCUUCAUCAUCGCCGCCGUGGCCUCCAUUUUGUCAGGUGUGUGUUACGCCGAGUUCGGCGUGCGCGUGCCCAAGACCACAGGCUCCGCCUACACCUACAGCUACGUGACGGUGGGCGAGUGCGUGGCCUUCUUCAUCGGAUGGAACCUCAUCCUGGAGUACUUGAUCGGCACGGCGGCGGGGGCGUCGGCACUCAGCAGCAUGGCCGACUCACUAGUCAACCACAGCAUCAGCGGCUUCAUGACCGCGCACGUCGGAACACUCAAUGGCUUUGGUAAAGGUGAGCAGUCCUAUCCCGACCUGCUGGCGCUGCUGAUCGCCCUGCUGGUGACGUCGGUGGUGGCGCUGGGCGUGAAGAACUCUGUGGGUCUCAACAACGUGCUGAACGUCAUCAACCUGCUGGUCUGGAUCUUCAUGAUGGUGGCCGGACUCUUCUUGGUCAGCGGGGACAACUGGGACCAGGAGAGCUUCCUGCCCUUCGGGUGGUCAGGUGUGAUGCAAGGAGCCGCCACCUGUUUCUACGCCUUCAUCGGCUUCGACAUCAUCGCCACCACGGGCGAGGAAGCCAAGAGUCCCAACACGUCCAUCCCGUACGCCAUCACCGCCUCGCUCGUCAUUUGUCUCACCGCUUACGUCUCGGUGUCCGUCAUCCUGACGCUGAUGGUGCCCUACAACGAGAUCGACGGCGACGCCCCCCUGAUGGAGAUGUUCGCCAGGCACGGCUGCUGGUUGUCCAAGUACGUGGUGGCGGUGGGCUCCAUCGCCGGCCUGAGCGUCUCCCUGCUGGGGUCUCUGUUCCCCAUGCCCAGGGUCAUCUACGCCAUGGCGGGGGACGGCCUCCUCUUCAAGUUCUUGGCCAAGGUGUCGUCCUACACCGAGACCCCCGCCGUGGCCUGCGUGGUGUCGGGCUUCUCGGCCGCCCUCUUGUCCCUGCUGGUCAGUCUCAGGGACCUGAUAGAGAUGAUGUCCAUCGGCACGCUGCUGGCCUACACUUUAGUGAGUUUGUGCGUGCUGCUGCUGCGUUACCAGCCUGAAGGCGACAUCCACGGCUUCGUCAACUUCCUGUCGGAGGAGCAGAACGCGGUGAAGAAAGAAGGCGUGCUGGCGGAGUGCGAGAAGGACGUCUGCUCGCCGACCAACGAGGGCGAGGAGUACGGCGGCCUGCCCACCAACACGUGCGGCGCCAAGAACCUGCCCUCCCUGGACGACAACGAGAUGCUGAUCGGCAGGCCGGACAAGAAGGCCUACGCCAGCUGCCACCCCAACUACGGCACGGUGGACAUGGCGAGCGGCUUGGAGGCGGAGGAGGAAGAGGGCGGGAUCACGCGGCGCCUGAAGAAAGUCAUCGGGCCGCGUUACUACACCUUGAGGAUCAGACUGGGACUCCCCGGGAAGAUGGACCGUCCCACGCCGGCCACCGGCAAGACCGUCACCGUCUGCGUGCUGCUGCUCUUCCUGCUCAUCUUCGCUUUCUGCUCCUUCCUCAUCUUUGGAGCGGGCAGCAUUGGUGAAGGUCGCUGGUGGGCGCUGGUGCUGCUGGUGGUCUUCCUGGUCUUCCUGGCCCUGCUGGUCAUGGUCAUCCUGCAGCAGCCCGAGAACCCCAAGCGGCUGCCCUACAUGGCGCCCUGUGUGCCCUUCGUGCCCGCCUCCGCCAUGCUGGUCAACAUCUACCUCAUGCUCAAACUCUCUGCCAUCACCUGGAUUCGCUUCUCCAUCUGGUGCCUGGUGGGCGUGCUGAUCUACUUCGGCUACGGCAUGUGGAACAGCACCUUGGAGAUCACGGCCAGGGAGAAGGAGGUGCACGCCUCCACCUACCAGCGCUACGACCAAGGCGUGGACGAGGGCUUCUGCGGCUUCGAGGACGACUUCUACCCGGCCUGUGGGUCGCCCGAGGCCGGGUCGGGCCCGGUCCGCGCCCCCCAGGCGGUGCCGGAGUGCGACGGCACGCCGAUUAAAGGGGGUUCCGCUCCUCAGCGGGCCUUGUCGGAGGAAGACCCCCUGGACUUCUGAAAGGGGGACCUGGGAGGCUGCAUGUCCAGCAUGAUUGGUGUCUUGGCCUACAUUGUCACCCCCACACUCCACUGCUUGCUUUGGCUGACGAGGACCCAGAACCCACUGAGCAGCCCGAUAGGAGCCUGCAGACGUACCAAAAGACGAGGCAGGGAACAUAACGACUCUUCUUAUCGUGAGAAAAGCUUUCAUCGAAACGUCCGAGCGAGAACGCCACUGAGCUGUUCUCACACCUUGGACUGUUCUUGCUCUUAGUGCCUUCACCUGAUUGUCUCCAACUUCUUUGCUGUUUUCUUAUCCGCACGUUUGCUUCCUUCUGCUCUUUUCUCUGCGCUUCUCUCUGCUUCCUUUUCUUCAUCACCUUCCAGAUCAGACCCUGCCAUUCAUUAUUCAAUCAGACAUUAUUGUGAGGUUGUUGGUUUAGUUUUCCUAAACAUCAGAUAUACCUGCUUUAAAGGCCUACUGAAAGCCACUACUAGCCACCACGCAGUCUGAUAGUUUAUAUAUCAAUGAUGAAAUAUUAACAUUGCAACACAUGACAAUACGCCCGCUUUAGUUUACUAAAUUCAAUUUUGAAUUUCGCGCAAAGUGUCCUGUUGAGAACGUCGGUAUGAUGACGUGUGCGCGUGACGUCACGAAUGGUAGAGGACAUUUUGUUCCAGCACCGUUAUAAGUCGUCUCUUUACAUCGCAUAAUUCCACAGAAUUCUGGACAUCUGUGUUGCGGAAUAAUGAAUAAUGGAGACGUCAAAGAAGAAAGCUGUAGGCGGGAAGCGGUGUAUUACAACCACCUUUGGCAACACAAACACAGCCGGUGUUUCUUUGUUUACAUUCCUGAAAGAUGACGGUGAAGCUUUACUAUUGAACAGAGCGGUCAAGCGAACACGGUUGGAUUGGACCACACACACAAAGUACAGUGUAUUAUGCAGCCAUCAUUUCCAAAGAUUGUGUUUCGAAGAGAGUCCCUUGCAAAGGGCAGAGAUGGGCAUCGCCAAAUUACCAAAUUGUAAUUUUGAAUUUCGCGCAAAGUAUCCUGUUGAGAACGUCGGUAUGAUGACAUGUGCGCAUGACGUCACCCAUUGUAGAGGACAUUUUGUUCCAGCACCGUUAUAAGUCGUCUCUUUACAUCGCAUAAUUCCACAGUAUUCUGGACAUCUGUGUUGCUGAAUAAUGAAUAAUGGAGACAUCAAAGAAGAAAGCUGUAAGUGGGAAGCGGUGUAUUACGGCUACCUUUAGCAACAAAAAACCACAGCCGGUGUUUCUUUGUUUACAUUCCUAAAAGAUGACGGUGAAGCUUUACUAUUGAACAGAGCGGUCAAGUGAACACGGUUGGAUUGGACCACAGACACAAAGUACAGUGUAUUAUGCAGCGAUCAUUUCCAAAGAUUGUGUUUUGAAGAGAGUCCCUUGCAAAGGGCAGAUAUGGGCAUCACCAAAUUGUAAUUUUGAAUUUCGCGCAAAGUAUCCUAUUGAGAACGUCGGUAUGAUGACGUGUGCGUGUGACGUCACGCAUGGUAGAGGAAAUUUUGGUCCAGCACCGUUCACAGCUAUAAGUCGUCUCUUUACAUCGUAUAAUUCCACAGUAUUCUGGACAUCUGUGUUGCUGAAUAAUGAAUAAUGGAGACAUCAAAGAAGAAAGCUGUAAGUGGGAAGCGGUGUAUUACGGCUACCUUUAGCAACAAAAAACCACAGCCGGUGUUUCAUUGUUUACAUUCCUGAAAGAUGACGGUGAAACUUUACUAUGGAACAGAGCGGUCAAGCGAACACGGUUGGAUUGGACCACACACACAAAGUACAGUGUUUUAUGCAGCGAUCAUUUCCAAAGAUUGUGUUUCAAAGAGAGUCCCUUGCAAAGGGCAGAGAUGGGCAUGGCCACCACCCGUCGACUGGUGCUGAAGAAAGGUGCGGUGCCGACCUUCAGGUUGUACAGGUACCACCAUAUAAUCUCACUAAAACACUAGUAACACAAUAAGCAGAUAAGCGAUUUUCCAGAAUUAUCCUAGUAAAUGUGUCUAAUAACAUCUGAAUCGCUCCCACUGUACAGUCUUUUUUUUUUUUUCUCUAGUCCUUCACUCUCACUUUCCUCAUCUACGACUAUUGCAACACAUGCCAAUACGGCCUUUUUAGUUUACUAAAUUGCAAUUUUAAAUUUCACACGGAAGUAUCAAGCUAAAACGUCGCGGUAUGAUGAGGCGUGCGCGUGAUGUCACGGAUUGUAGCGGACAUUUUGAUCCAGCCCCGAUCCAAGCUAUGAGUUGUCGGCUUUAAUCGCAUAAUUCCACAGUAUUCUGGACAUCUGCGUUGCUGAAUCUUUUGCAAUUUGUUCAAUUAAUAAUGGAGACGUCAAAGAAGAAAGAUGUAGGUGGGAAGCGGUGUAUUGCAGCUGCCUUUAGCAACACAAACACAGCCGGGUGUUUCCUUGUUUACAUUCCCAAAGGUGAAGCUUUACUAUGGAACAGAGCGGUCAAGCGAACAUGGAUGCCGACCACAUGUCAACCGGCAGGUUUCGGUGAGAAAAUUGUGGUAAUAAGUCGGCUCUUACCGUAGUUAUGAGCGGCGCUUGCGUCCUCCUGCAGCUGCGUCGCUUCCCUCAGAGACACUGGCGGUCACCACACCCGUGGCCACACCCCUCUGACUUUCACUAAAACGCUAAAACACUAGAAGCACAAUAAGCAGAUAAGGGAUUUUCCAGAAUUAUCCUCGUAAAUAUGUCUAAUAACAUCUGAAUCGCUCCCACUGUAUAGUCUUUUUUUCUAGUCCUUCACUCUCACUUUCCUCAUCUACGACUAUUGCAACACAUGCCAAUACGGCCUUUUUAGUUUACUAAAUUGCAAUUUUAAAUUUCACACGGAAGUAUCAUGCUAAAACGUCGCGGUAUGAUGACGCGUGCGCGCGAUGUCACGGAUUGUAGCGGACAUUUUGAUCCAGCCCCGAUCCCAGCUAUGAGUCGUCUGCUUUAAUCGCAUAAUUACACAGUAUUCUGGACAUCUGUGUUGCUGUAUCUUUUGCAAUUUGUUCAAUUAAUAAUGGAGACGUCAAAGAAGAAAGAUGUAGGUGGGAAGCGGUGUAUUGCGGCUGCCUUUAGCAACACAAACACAGCCGGUGUGUCCUUGUUUACAUUCCCAAAGGUGAAGCUUUACUAUGGAACAGAGCGGUCAAGCGAACAUGGUUCCUGACCACAUGUCAACCGGCAGGUUUCGGUGAGAAAAUUGUGGUAAUAAGUCGGCUCUUACCGUAGUUAUGAGCGGCGCUUGCGUCCUCCUGCAGCUGCGUCGCUUCCCUCGGAGACACUGGCGGUCACCACACCCGUGGCCACACCCCUCUGACUUUCACUAAAGCGCUAAAACACUAGAAGCACAAUAAGCAGAUAAGGGAUUUUCCAGAAUUAUCCUAGUAAAUGUGUCUAAUAGCAUCUGAAUCGCUCCCACUGUAUAGUCUUUUUAUUUUCUAGUCCUUCACUCUCACUUUCCUCAUCUACGACUAUUGCAACACAUGCCAAUACGGCCUUUUUAGUUUACUAAAUUGCAAUUUUAAAUUUCACACUGAAGUAUCAUGCUAAAACGUCGCGGUAUGAUGACGCGUGCGCGCGAUGUCACGGAUUGUAGCGGACAUUUUGAUCCAGCCCCGAUCCAAGCUAUGAGUCGUCUGCUUUAAUCGCAUAAUUAUACAGUAUUCUGGACAUCUGCGUUGCUGUAUCUUUUGCAAUUUGUUCAAUUAAUAAUGGAGACGUCAAAGAAGAAAGAUGUAGGUGGGAAGCGGUGUAUUGCGGCUGCCUUUAGCAACACAAACACAGCCGGUGUUUCCUUGUUUACAUUCCCAAAGGUGAAGCUUUACUAUGGAACAGAGCGGUCAAGCGAACAUGGUUCCUGACCACAUGUCAACCGGCAGGUUUCGGUGAGAAAAUUGUGGUAAUAAGUCGGCUCUUACCGUAGUUAUGAGCGGCGCUUGCGUCCCCCUGCAGCUGCGUCGCUUCCCUCAGAGACACUGGCGGUCACCACACCCGUGGCCACACCCCUCUGACUUUCACUAAAACGCUAAAACACUAGAAGCACAAUAAGCAGAUAAGGGAUUUUCCAGAAUUAUCCUCGUAAAUAUGUCUAAUAACAUCUGAAUCGCUCCCACUGUAUAGUCUUUUUUUCUAGUCCUUCACUCUCACUUUCCUCAUCUACGACUAUUGCAACACAUGCCAAUACGGCCUUUUUAGUUUACUAAAUUGCAAUUUUAAAUUUCGCACGGAAGUAUCCUGUUGAAAACGUCGCGGUAUGAUGACGCGUGCGCGUGAUGUCACGGAUUGUAGCGGACAUUUUGAUCCAGCCCCGAUCCAAGCUAUGAGUCGUCUGCUUUAAUCGCAUAAUUCCACAGUAUUCUGGACAUCUGCGUUGCUUAAUCUUUUGCAAUUUGUUCAAUUAAUAAUGGAGACGUCAAAGAAGAAAGAUGUAGGUGGGAAGCGGUGUAUUGCGGCUGCCUUUAGCAACACAAACACAGCCGGGUGUUUCCUUGUUUACAUUCCCAAAGGUGAAGCUUUACUAUGGAACAGAGCGGUCAAGCGAACAUGGUUCCUGACCAUAUGUCAACCGGCAGGUUUCGGUGAGAAAAUUGUGGUAAUGAGUCGGCUCUUACCGUAGUUAUGAGCGGCGCUUGCGUCCUCCUGCAGCUGCGUCGCUUCCCUCAGAGACACUGGCGGUCACCACACCCGUGGCCACACCCCUCUGACUUUCACUAAAAGGCUAAAACACUAGAACUACAAUAAGCAGAUAAGGGAUUUUCCAGAAUUAUCCUCGUAAAUGUGUCUAAUAACAUCUGAAUCGCUCCCACUGUAUAGUCUUUUUUUCUAGUCCUUCUCUCUCACUUUCCUCAUCCACGAAUCUUUCAUCCUCGCUCAAAUUAAUGGGGAAAUCGUCGCUUUCUCGGACCGAAUCGCUCUGGCUGCUGGUGGCCAUGAUUGUAAACAACGUUCAGAUGUGAGGAGCUCCACAACCCGUGACGUCACGCGCACAUCGUCUGCUACUUCCGGUACAGGCAAGGCUUUUUUAUUAGCGACCAAAAGUUGCAAACUUUAUCGUGGAUGUUCUCUACUAAAUCCUUUCAGCAAAAAUAUGGCAAUAUUUGGAAAUGAUGAAGUAUGACACAUAGAAUGGAGCUGCUAUCCCUGUUUAAAUAACAACAUCUCAUUUCAGUAGGCCUUUAUUGUGUUUUACCAAGCCAGUCGCACCUGUUGCUCACCUCCUCUGAGGUAGAAGGAGGGCGUGGUUGUGUGACGUUGAAAAAAGAUGUCUGUUAUUCGACCACCAAACAUCACAGCAGGUUCUGGACCUGGGCGAAUAAAGGCUUGGGAGCAACACGCGACCCUUUAAAGGCCUACCGGGGCAAGUGUGCUGACCAGCGAGCUAAAAGCAGCAGGAUGCCGGACCACCUGGGUUACAACGGUGCCGUGACUUGGAUGAGAGUGAGGUUUUUAGCUCGACGGUCAGCAUACCCGCCUCUCAUGCGGGCGACCAGGGUCCGCCUCCCUCUGCACGAUAGCUUAAAGGCCGGGGGGGUCGACCCAAAUCUGUUGCAAUCAUUCUGAGAUUGUCCUUUUUUUUUUUUUUU